AUGUCGCUGGACCACGUUGAUUGGCUGCACGCCACGUUCUCCACGCCCGUGAAGCGUAUCUUCGACACGCAAACGACGCUGGACUUCCAGUCCUCGCUGGCCAUCCACAGGAUCAAGUACCAUCUGCACAAGUACACCACUUUGAUGUCGCAUUGUCCGGACCCUGAUGCACACGCGGCCUCCUCGUCAAUCGCCAUGGUGAACGGGCUGAUGGGAGUUCUGGACAAGCUUGCCCAGCUGAUCGAUGAGACGCCUCCGCUCCCGGGGCCCAGAAGGUAUGGUAACCUGGCGUGCCGUGAGUGGCACUAUAAGCUGGACGAGCACCUAUCUCAGUGGCUCCAAGAAAUGCUGCCCGCAGAAUACCAUGUGGUGGUGCCCGAGUUGCAGUAUUACUUGGGCAACAGCUUUGGUUCAUCGACAAGACUGGACUACGGCACGGGGCACGAGCUCUCGUUCAUGGCCACCGUCGCAGCGCUGGAUCUGCUGGGCGUGUUUCCCCACCUGAGGGGCAACGACGUGUUUCUACUGUUCAACAAGUACUACACGAUCAUGAGAAGGCUGAUUUUGACGUACACGCUGGAGCCCGCUGGCUCGCAUGGCGUGUGGGGGCUUGACGACCAUUUCCACCUGGUAUACAUCUUGGGCUCAUCUCAAUGGCAGCUGCUCGACGCACGCGCCCCCCUGCAACCUAGAGAAGUGCUGGACAAAUCGCUGGUCCACGACUACAAGGACACCAACUUCUACUGUCAAGGAAUAAACUUCAUCAACGAGGUGAAGAUGGGACCCUUCGAGGAGCAUUCGCCCAUCCUGUAUGACAUCGCCGUCACUGUGCCACGCUGGUCCAAGGUGUGCAAGGGGCUUUUGAAGAUGUAUUCUGUGGAAGUCUUGAAGAAGUUCCCUGUCGUGCAGCAUUUCUGGUUCGGCACAGGCUUCUUUCCCUGGGUCAACAUCCAAAACGGCACUGAUCUACCCGUUUUCGAGGAGAAGGAGGACGAGACUAUAGAGCAGGCUAAUGCAGCGUCGCCUGGCCCAAAUCACACGUCAACACGGUUCCCAGGGUCGCUGUCGAUGCCUCCUCCGAUGGGUCCGCCGUCCGGCAGCAGUAUCAACUAUCUACUAAGCCACCAGAACUCGUCGCAUAGGAACCAGGCCUCUUCCUCAAAAGAUAGACUACGUAGAUAA